AUGUUGUUCCCCGUCGAGAAGACGGAGCAAGUCCAGAUCAUUGCGGCAUGCGUCGUGCUGAGCGUCCUGCCGGUGACGGCGGUCGGGCUCCGGAUCUUGGCUCGCAAGAUGGCCUAUCGGGUGUUGGAUAUGAGCGAUUGGUUUAUCAUGGUGUCGUGUCUUCUCGUCAUCGGGCACUGGAUCGAGAUUAUGUGUGCAUGCUUGGUGGGCGGCAUGGGGUAUAUGGGCUUAGCCGACCUCACCAAGACCUACGGUCCUGGACCGGUGUCCGUUCAAAAGAAAAUCGAAUUCGCAUCCAUCUUCAUCGUGCUCGCCUCGGGCUGCUUCUACAAGCUCUCAGUGCUCGCGCUCUACACCAAGAUCCUACCCUUCCCCAUCAUCGCCAUCCUCACCCGCGUCAUCGCCGCCAUGAUGCUGGUAUGGUACACCGCGACCUGGGUGGGGAACAUCUUCAUUGUGCAGCCCGUCGCCGCCAAUUGGGAUUUCUCUAUUCCCAUCACAUGGCAAGGCGACAUACCCGCCUUCGCUAGGUCCAUAGACGCCAUGACUAUCGUCACUGAUAUUGCCAUCCUGGUGCUGCCGUUCAAGUACUUGAUGACUCUACGUAUGCCGUUCUGGAGCAAGACGGCGCUAUUAUUCGCUUUUAGCCUUGGCAUACUCACCGUUAUAAUCUCCAUCAUCCGCCUGUACCUAACCAAGUGGGACUCCAACAUAGCUGAUGACCUGACCGUGCCAUUCAUCUGGGAAGGCCUCGAGCCCAGCAUUGGCAUAAUAGCGGCCUGCAUCCCGACCCUGCGCCCGUUACUCGGCCGCGGCACCUACUCCACCGGUACCAUGCAACUUCGGCCCCCCGCCACCCGCCGCACUCCUAAGAGCUUCGAGACCAGGGUGCUUGACGAUAUCGACAAGGAUACGUCAACGCUGAUACAGCUACGCCCUACACCGCCUGAUCAUAGCACGAAUGUCAUGUCGGAGCCGCGCGUGGGGAGCGGCGAGACGGAUAGAGAGGGGUUGCGUGAGGUGAAAUCGCUGGAGAGGCCCGGGGCCAUUCAUGUUAAGACUGAAUGGUCGGUUUCGGAGGAAUGA